CCGAGGUCCGCGGAGGUGCGUCUUUAAACUGACACGGCUGCGGUGGGGGUGGCCAGAGGGCGCAGGACGCACCACCUGCAGAGCUGGCUGCUGCAGUUUCUUUACUAGCAAACACCAUUUCCCCCGCGGGAGCGUCCGGGAGCGCGCAAGUACACACACACACACACACACACACACACACACACACACCCGCGCCGGGAGCGCGCAAGUACACACACACACACACACACACACACAGACCCGCGCUGCCCGGGGGCGCGCAAGUACACACACACACACACACACACACACACACACACACACACCCGCGCUACCCGCUUCUUCUUCACAACUGCAUCCCCAAACAGGCAGAGCAAAGCCACUGCGGUUUCUCUUAACCUCAUCAUUGUGGGGCGAAGCUGAGCCAUUGUGUAUCUGGGAAAGCCCGGUGCUUACGUUGCCGCUUCGGGUACAUAACCCAGCAGAACACUCGCCCCAUCGGCUGGAAUGCUUGCUGAUUCCGCUUUGUACUUCUAAGGCUGAAACUCUGAGGAACCCAGCUGGAAAAUGCCGUCAGAACGCUGCCUCAGUAUUCAAGAAAUGCUAACAGGCCAGAGGCUCUGCCACUCGGAAUCCCACCAUGACAGUGUCCUGGCCGCGCUGAAUCAACAGAGGAGUGACGGCAUUCUUUGCGACGUCACCCUGAUUGCUGAGGAACAGAAGUUCCACGCUCAUAAGGCAGUCCUGGCGGCCUGCAGCGACUACUUUCGGAUUUUGCUGGAGCCAGGUGUGAUCCAGGAUGUGUUGGCAGCUGGCAGUCACCUGCAGCUCUUGGAGCUUCUCAAUUUAUGUUCCCACUAUCUCAUCCAGGAAUUAAAUAGCUUUAAUUACUUGGAUCUGUACAGACUUGCUGACCUCUUUAACCUCACUUUGUUGGAGAAGGCAGUGAUCGAUUUCUUAGUGAAGCAUCUCUCCGAACUCCUGAAGAGUCGGCCGGAAGAUGUUCUGACGCUUCCCUAUUGUCUGCUUCAGGAGGUCCUGAAGAGCGACCGCCUGACCUCCCUGAGUGAAGAGCAGAUCUGGCAGCUAGCCGUCAGGUGGCUGGAACACAACUGCCAUUACCAGCACAUGGACGAGCUUCUGCAGUACAUCCGCUUCGGCCUGAUGGAUGUGGAUACUCUCCACACAGUUGCCCUGUCCCACCCUCUGGUCCAGGCAAGCGAGGCAGCAACAGCUCUGGUGAAUGAGGCCCUGGAAUACCACCAGAGCCUCUACGCCCAGCCCGUGUGGCAGACUCGCAGGACCAAACCCAGGUUCCAGUCAGACACUCUCUACAUCAUCGGUGGGAAGAAGCGGGAGGUCUGUAAAGUCAAGGAACUCCGCUACUUCAAUCCCGUGGACCAGGAGAAUGCUCUCAUCGCCGCCAUCGCCAACUGGAGUGAGCUGACCCCCAUGCCCGUGGGAAGGAGCCACCACUGUGUGGCGGUCAUGGGGGACUUUCUGUUUGUGGCAGGAGGGGAAGUGGAGCACGCCAGUGGCCGGACGUGUGCUGUGAGGACUGCCUGUCGCUACGACCCCCGCAGUAAUUCCUGGGCAGAGAUAGCACCCAUGAAAAACUGCCGGGAGCACUUUGUGCUGGGCGCCAUGGAUGAGUACCUCUAUGCGGUCGGGGGCAGAAAUGAACUGCGCCAGGUUCUGCCGACAGUUGAGCGGUAUUGCCCCAAGAAGAACAAAUGGGCUUUUGUGCAGUCCUUUGAUCGGUCCCUGUCAUGUCACGCCGGCUCUGUGGCGGAUGGCCUGCUGUGGAUAUCAGGUGGAGUAACUAACACAGCCCAGUAUCAGAACAGACUAAUGGUGUAUGAACCUAAUCAGAAUAAGUGGAUAAGCCGCAGCCCCAUGCUGCAGAGAAGGGUCUACCAUUCCAUGGCUGCUGUCCACAGGAAGCUCUACGUCCUGGGAGGCAAUGACCUGGACUACAACAACGACCGGAUCCUCGUGCGGCACAUAGAUUCCUACAACAUAGACACCGACCAGUGGACGCGCUGCAGUUUCAACCUGCUGACUGGCCAAAAUGAAUCUGGAGUUGCUGUCCAUAAUGAGAGAAUAUAUUUAGUUGGUGGAUAUUCGAUUUGGACAAAUGAGCCCCUGGCUUGUAUCCAGGUACUGGAUGUAAGCAGAGAAGGCAAAGAAGAAGUCUUCUAUGGGCCUACUCUGCCUUUUGCUUCCAAUGGGAUAGCAGCAUGCUUCCUUCCAGCUCCCUAUUUCACAUGCCCUAAUCUUCAAACUCUCCAAGUGCCUCAUCACAGGAUCGGCACCGUCUGAAAAGCCAGUGCUCCAUUAAUAACCGUUAUGAAGAGGAGGGAGAAAAAGCCUGAUCAUCGGAUACUGGGCAUGAAUGACUCCGUGCUCAAUGCUUCCUUGUUUUGUUUUAUAGGUCUUAUAUUCAGAUAAAUGUUAGUGUAAAAAAAAAAAGAAUCUAAGAAUUUUCUAAAAUACAUAGCCGAUAAUUCCCACCACCCUUUGCAGUGUGUGUGAUGUGUAACAAAAUAGCGUAUGUAUGACUUUUACUGUGGUGUAGCUUCGUGUCAACUUAAUGGUCCAUCACUGUUCUGUGGGUCUUCAGAGCAUUUUUCUACAUUUUUUCUAAUCCGUACUGUCUAGGAUAGCACGGCAGCAUCAGUCAGUUUAUUUCCAAGUGCUGUCACCACUGACAUUUAGAAGAACUUCAGUACUCAGUCCCUUUACUACUUAAACCUGGGAGCAUGAACAUUAUGCAGCCGCAUUCAGAUGAGACUCACCAUUAUGACAUCAUAAAUUUUUAAAUGCUGUAUUUUAUUUAAGGUAAUACAAAUAAUAGCAGUACAGUGGAAUAGCAGUUGGAAUAUCCAGAGUUUUCACCUUGAUCACGACUGUGAUCUUGGGCCAGGGGCCCACCUUUACAGUGCUUCAGUUUUCCCACUUUCAGGAGGAUAAUUACUGAUUCCCACAUUAAUUCAGACAGAUGUUGUCAGGAUUAGGCAAAUACUCUGAAGUACUUUGCCUAAGGAAAAAAUGUUACUCAAAUUCCAAGGUAUUUUACUGUCUUUUUAGAAUCUUCUAACUGAACAGGGAGAUUAUUUUUGAGGUUUAAAAACUACUAGAUAGAACUUCAAACACAUGCUCUGGGACGCAGGAUUCUAAAAAACAUGUGUAAGAGAUAAUGCUAAUUUGGAAAAAGGGACUUUAUCAAAGCCAAAGAUUCCUAACCUUGUACAAAUCCUUGCCUCAAAUAAUAACUCAAACAUCUCCUUUAAAAUUUAGUAAAAAAGUGACAUUUUGUACUGGAAAAAAUUAGUCGUACUAAUUUUGGUACCAUAAAGUGCUUUGACAUAAAUGUGAACCUGGAAUCAGUAGUUCUAAUAGAAAUUUUUCCACUUUGUUAAAGGUUAUGUCAAUCUUGAGUCCUUGUGGGAUUCUUCCCCACAACCAAUACAUAUUUUAUUACCACCACUCUUAAUAAUGCAUAAGGAUUAUUUUUAGGCUAGGUUUUUGGACUUGCUUUGUCCACAACAAAAACAAAACAACUCAAUGAUCAAUUUGAACAUUCAGCCAACAACUAUAAUUUGAGUUUUCCCCUUUUCCCAAUCUUGUUGGGAUCUAAGUCAACUUUAUUAACAGAUUUUACUUUUUUUCCUUGGCAUAGUUUAAUCAUUCAGUAAUCACUGAUUUAUAGGAAAUUCUCAUUUUAUCCAUGUAAAUACUUUAUUCUAAAUAUAGAAUUCACUAAUUGUAUAAGAUACCUAAAAUGUUAAUUUUUAAGUACAUACAUGUAACUUUUGGUUAUCCAGACUAAAGGGUGGGAGAGGAGAGAGACCAGGAGUGAAGAAAAAAAGUGAACUAAAAAAAAAACAUUUAGUUUAGACAAACAAAAAACCUUAAAGGUAUUUUUACAAUUCUGAAAGUGACAUUGACAACUGCUAUUUAGAAGGGUGACUGAGAAUCUGUUCAAAAGGUAUAAAUCAUCUAAACGAAAUUUUAAAGAUGCCUUACCUAGUCAGGAAAAUGGACUCCGCCAUUUUGGAAUUCUUUUCAACAAGGACCUAUGCAAGAAAUAUUUCAGAUUCAUUCAUUCUUCUGCUUGAGUUUUUCCCUGUAGCAGUGUUACCUUAUAAAACCACUAAUAUCUAUUUGUAACCCCAGACCCUAUAUUCAAUGAGUGAAAGGGAAAGGGUCUAAAAAUAAGUUUGCCUGAUGGUAAUUGAAAGGUAGCUGGAGAGUACUCUUGUUUCUGUGUAGGUUUGUAAGUAGUCAUUUAAAACAAAUCAUUACACACUAUCAAACCUCUCACUGGUAAACACAGUAUUCACCAAUACUACAGAAUUGAACUCAGAAUUUAAAACUUUACAUAAUUUUCAGAAACAUGCUUUAUAGUUCAGGCCAGAGAACAGCAUCCAAAUUACAAUGUCUGUCCCCUAGAAAAAAAACUCAUAGAUCACUUAUAAUUAGAUCCUUUUGCUCAAAUUAUCAAUAAUAAAAGAAAGUAAGAAAAAACUAUGUUUGGUCAUAUAAACUCAAUUCCAUUGAAACUAUUCAAAUAUAUGUUUUCCACUUACUUGCACUAUUCUAUAGUAAUCCAUUUUCUAUUUUCAAAAUUAAAGUCCAUAUUGUAUUUGUAUUUAAAUUAUUAAUUUGAAUUUCCAUAGGAAAGCCAUGAAACUUCCAACCAUUCAAACAACAUUUCAGGAUUUUAGUUUAAAAGAGAAAAAGCAGCAGUGCACAGACACCAGCAGAGAGUUCCUGCUAUGGGAAGAAAAGCCAGCAAAGACACGACUCUCCAAAUACUCCGUCUGGACAACGCAAUACAGUUCCCUACAUUCUUAGUCCACAGUGUCAGUUGGGUUAUGAGUACUUCCCUCAUGGUUUAACCAGAGGUGCACUGCAUCCCCUUCAGAGACUGCAAUAGCUGAGAAACUGGUGUGCUACAAAGUAUAAAAGCAAUAGUAAUAAGAUAGAAAUUAUUUCUCCUGCUAACAUGGCUCAUUUUUAUUUUGGUUUUCAAAUAACCAAUGUCAUAAAAAGUGAAAUCGAAUAAUCAUGGGUGCAGUGUAAGUUAAAUACAUAUAUAUUUUUAUUAUAUAUCAUUAUAUGCACAAAAUAAUUUAUAAACAUGUGUAUAAGAAUGCCCCGAAUUUUUCUAAAAGUACAAUUCACAAAUGCAAUAAGUCAAGGAACUAUUAACACACCAAAAACUUUAAUGAGCACAAAUUAGUCAAUUCCAAUCACACAGUACUAAAUUUGCUAACCUAACCAAUAUAGUUUAUCACUGAAUCAAAACACCAGUGUCAUCUUAUUAAGUAUGUGAGAGUAUGCUACUUUGCUAGCUUCUGAAACCAACAGUUUUAGCCUAACAAAGCACAUUAUUUAUAUUGAUAUAUUGUAUGAGGGGGAACCAAAAAAGACCCGAAAUUUAUAAAUUGUGUACAUGUUCUUACAUGUUUAAACUUCAGUCACCUUCAAAAUACUCUAUUUGAUGCAAUACACCUAUCACAACAUUUAUCCCACUAAAAACAAUUUUGAACUCAUCAACUUUGAUGUUUUUUAAUGCAUCUCCCAUUUUUUGUUUCACGUCUUCCAUGUUGGCAAAUGUUUCCCUCUGAGGACUUUUUUCAUAAGGGGAACCUAAAAAAGUCACUUGGGACAAAAGUGGGUGAAUAGGGCUGUUCAGCUGUUUUUGGUCAAAAACUGCUAAACACAGGUAUGGGCAGGUAUGCUCGGAAAUCACCCGUCAUGAAAUCGGCACGUGUGUUUGAAAGAGUCUUCAAAAAAAAUUCACUGAAGCCAAAUGCAGCCUCUCACAACAACACCAGCUGGUACACUGAUGCAGCUGGGCUCCUAGAACACUCACCUAUUGGGGAAGCCUGUACCACAAGGGGCACGCCCUCCAGAAGAUAAUCCGUGUUUUAUGGGUCCCCCCCUUGUACACUUGUCUGACAAGGCGAUAUUUUUAACCCUAGGAGGAAUAGACAGGAGACCAGUUUUUGGAGAAUGAAAGGUUUAUGUAAAAAGUCUACCAAUCUACAAGCAGUGGCUUAGUAAUGAUAAUACAACUCUUGGUGAGGUUUCUAUGAUAUCUACCUUUUAUCUUCGAAACACAAGCGCCAAGUUAACAUGUAUAUUCAGGGAAGGCAGGUUUUAUACAGGCUUUUCCCAGCUGCAAAUUUCUGCAUCGCAUAUAAUCUUAAGGGGACAUAAAAGUAAAAACUGUCGAAGUCUGUAAAAUACACGAAAAUGAAUCCAUGUAUGAUAACUGUUGAUGAACAAAGCGGCUUUAACAUUUUGUGAUAAAGCAUGAGAGAAGAUAACAGUGAUGACGAACACAUGCACAUAGUCUCGCAACCCACAACUAACUUCUUUACAUAGAUGCCCAGGUAGAAAAAGUUACACUUAAGGGGAAAAGAAAAUAUGCUAGGAAUAGUACAGAUAUGUAAGUUUUAAAUUAUGAAACUGUUCUAAUGCAAAUGAACCCAAUACUAAAUGUUUUUUGUACAGAGACAAUUCUCCAUGUUUUUUGUUUUUUCCCCCUCAUGGAAACCUAAUUCAAUGUUCAAUUAAAAUUUAAAUCAUAACCAAAUCUGAAUGUCCAAUAAAGUCAUUUUAUCAGCCUGUUGCCCUUCAGUCAUCUCUCUUACGCUCCAUCUGACAGCUUACAGACAUCACCACGCCUCGAGUGGCACACUCACAGAGUAUAAAGUGAACACGGCCUCUGGCAGUCCAGGACAGUCCAGUCUCGGCUGGAGGUGAGUCUGGA